AUGUCGCUUGACAGAUGCGGAGAUAGAUUUGCUGAUGAGUUGGGUCAUAUCAUCGACAAUAUUCUAGAAGAGCAUGCAAACACACUCCAGAAUGUCAUCAGCAACAUCAAGAACACUCAACCCAGUCUCGACCAGCUUCGAAGGGUGUCUGGAGACCUUGUUCAGCGAUGCAAUACCAACGCAUGUGAUAGGAAUCGUUGCCAGACAUCCUGUCAUCCAGCACGAGCAUCCUGUCGACGGGACGAUGAUUGGCAUCCACCUUGCCCAUAUCUCCCACCCAAAGCGGCAGAGAAACUCAAUGUUGGGGCUACAGGCCAAGUCAAGCCGAACCUUAACGAUCCUGAAUCGAGCCUGCGUGAAGAGGUGCAGUCAAUACCCGACCUGGUCGAUCUUGUCAAAUCUGCAGCCGACGAUCUCGGCUUCGAUCUUGACCGAAGGCCCACCGCGACCGACGAUGACGAGUUCCACAACGCCCCUUACGAGGCCACACCCAUGGAUUCUGUCUCACGUCAUACAGAUGUCUCCUUCGGGACGACAGAAAACAGGGCGACGGAGGACGAGCCGCUAACUGAGGACAGCUGGCUACAGCAAACACGUAGACACUUGACCGAACUCUCAGAGGCCCGAGAGCAGCUUAUGGACGAAUUGGAUUCCAUCGCUGGAGAUCUCGACGUGAAAUAUCGAGACCAACCCGAGGUUGAGUCGGUGACUGAUUCGGAUGCACCACAUGCACACCGCGUACUCAGCAAAGCUCCCACGGGUCUCUCGCGUACAUCCACAUUACAGAGAGACGCUCUUAUCGACUCAGUACAGCGUAUGCUCAGCAAAGCGCCUACUGGCAUCUCACGCAGCUCUACAUGGCAUGAGCAGAAUCCGGGAGAAGAGGCUGCGGACGACCUCGAUUUCAGUAAAGCGCCUACUGGCAUCUCACGCAGCUCUACGUGGCAUGAGCAGAGCCAGGGAGAGGCUGCUGACGACCUCGAUUUCAACCCGGCACAGCGCAGAUCAAGCAAAGCUCCUACCGGUCUCUCACGCACGUCUACUUCGCAGAAAGAUGCUAUGAUCGACUCGGUACAACGUGUGCAACGUGUGCUCAGUAAGAUCCCCACCGGCCUCUCACGCAGCGCUACACGGCAUGGAGAAGAUGACGGAGAUGGGGAAGAGAAAGAAGCAGUCGAUAAUCGCAGUCUCGGACUUGUGCAGCGUGUACUGAGCCCAACACCUGCAGGCUUCUCGCGCACGUCUACAUCGCAAGCAGAUGCCAUCGUCGACUCGGCACAGCGCGUGCAACGCGUGCUCAGCAAGAUUCCUACUGGCCUCUCACGCAGCUCUACAUGGCAUGGAGAAGACGAGGAGGCCGUUGAAGACCCCGAGAUCGAGCCAGUGCAGCGUGUGUUGAGCAUGUCACCUCCUGGUAUCUUACAAGCCUCUACGUGGAUCAGGGACGCUUCUGUCGACGCAACGCGACGUGUAUUCAGCAAGCCUCUUACUGGUCUCCUGCGCAAUACUACUUGGCAUGGUAUAGGGGACGAUCCAGCAGACAGUUCCUUCGUCGAGCCCGUACAACGUGUACUCAGCAAGGCUCUUACUGGUCUCUCGCGCAACUCUACAUGGCAAAAGGAUGAUGAUGCACCGGUAGACGAAGCCGUUGUUGAAAGUACUGGUCAGCACGACGACGAAGACGAGCCGUUUGGCGAGCUUGCGCAGCCUACGCUCGAAAAGACCAACAGUGGCCUCUCGCGAGCAUCUACGUGGCACGGUAGCAGACCUGUCGACUAUGAAGAGCCCGGAGCUGACGUUACGGGUCUGCAUGAUGAUGAUCUGGUGGCCAAGAUAGUGCAAAGUGUUCUCAGCAAGGUGCCCUCUGGCUUCUCACGCGCAUCCACAUGGCAGGGCAACAAGACUGUCGACAUCGAAGACCUCGGGGCUGACACUUCGGAUCACCAGGAGGACGAUCUGGUCACCGCAAUGGUGCAGCGUGUUCUCAGUAAAGCGUCCACUGGCAUCUCGAGCAGGCCAACAUGGCCCAGUUCCAACGCCGCCAACACCGUCGAAGACGAAGUUCAAAGCGUAGUCGAUAAGAGUGUCGACGAGCUUCGGCUCAGUCGCGCACUCACUCGGAUCCUCAGUCAACCGAAAGAGCCUCCAUCUGCUGGUCAAGAGCCAUACAAGGCUGAAGACGUUUCGGCUGAAGAGAUCUAG